ACUCUAUAUUCCCUUUUUGUUCCUUUACUUUUUUUUCUUCUUUUUACUUUGUUUCUUUUGAUUAUUAUAACUAUUUGAAAGAGAGAGCGUGAGAGGGAUAGUGAGAUAGAGAGAGCGAGCUGAAUUGCAGACGAGAGGUUGCGAAGGAUUGCCUCUGAUUUGGGGAAACUCUGCCAAUUUUGUUGAAAGGGUUACUAUCUUUUCUAGGGUUUUCUGCUGAUUCUUGGGACUUCGUCUUUCUGGGUUUUUCUGUGCAUUUAAAGUUUCUUCUGGUUGAUUCCUGCUCGCUGUAUUUUUUGUUAUUUUGGGUUGGAUGGAAGGGAGUUCCGGACAGGGAAGUUGAAUGGGCCUAUCAGAUUCGGAGUUAAAAUUUAUCCUCAAAAUUGGUGUUCUGAUCCACUGUAGUUGACCAGAUCUGAAUGCUCAUUUCAUUUCCCCAACUUUUUUGGCCUUCCACGUGUUGCUUCCCCUGACUUGGCUUCCUACUUUCUGUCUUAUCAAGUUUCUUACGGAUGGAAAAUGGUUUGUUCAACCCCAACAUUCACAUUCCUAGAUCAUUCUUAAUGACCGAAAAAGGCGGUGGAUUAGUUGAAAUAUGACAGGUCUUGUAAUUUUAGAGGGGUUAGGGGAUAGCUUUUCCCAUUGCUUAGGUAGAGAAUUUGAUGGAGGAAAUGUCCCCAGCGGUUGUGGUGCCAUUUAGGGUGGGUAAUUCAGUCUGUGAUAACACCAACAUGGCGACUCCCAUGGAUAUCACAAGACUUAAGCUAAUGGCUGAUACUGCUGGUUUGUUAUCUGAAUCUGUGACUAAGGCUUCUACCGACCCGACUGAAGUAGGUUCUUCGGAUGAUUGUAAGAGUUCUAAUGGGGAGGAAGAUGUCGGUAUUACUACAAUUUCAGUUGCUAAUGAUGACAAGUGUGAAGGAGUUCAGUUGUCGGUCGUGUUAACUCAAAAUAAUAGAAAUUGGGUCGCAGCAGAUGAGACGGUAUCCCAUGGAAGUGAGGAAGAUGAUUCUUUAUCUUUAGAGGGUGAUCACAUUUACGAUAGUUCUUGUUCGUAUUCGAUUGCUAGUGAGAAUAGCAGCAUUUGUGGAGAUGAUUUUUUAGGUUCUGAGGUGUCUUCUUUUGAAACGUUCAGUUCCAUCAGCAAUGCGAAGGACAUUAGCAGUGUUGAGAUUGCAGCUGAAGCCAAUCUUGGAGAGUCUAAUGUUGAAAGUCUUGAGACUCAGAUUGUGGGUUCUUCUGCUGUAGCAGUUAGCCUCGAAGAAGAUGUUGGAGAUGGAUUGAGCAUUGAAGCAUGUAACAUGGUUCUCCAGCUGCCUCUUGAGAAGAGGGCGAGUGAACCAGUCGGUCGAAGCGUUUUUGAGGUAGAUUGUGUCCCCCUUUGGGGAUUUACAUCAGUCUGUGGAAGAAGACCCGAAAUGGAAGAUGCAGUGGCAACUGUACCAAGAUUUUCAGAAAUUCCUAUCCAAAUGCUUGUUGGCAACCGAGUUCUUGAUGGCUCAAGCAAGCCUAUAGCUCACCAAACUGUUCAUUUUUUUGGAGUAUAUGAUGGCCAUGGUGGCUCUCAGGUUGCAAAUUUUUGUCGUGAACGUAUGCAUUUGGCUCUAUCCGAGGAGAUAGAACUUGCUAAGAAAGAUGUAGCUGCUGGUAAUAUAAAGGAUAAUUGCCAAGAGCUAUGGAGAAAAGCAUUCACUAAAUGCUUUCUAAAAGUUGAUGCUGAAAUUGGAGGGAGACCUGGUGCUGAGCCUGUUGCCCCAGAAACUGUAGGCUCCACUGCUGUUGUUGCAAUUCUCUGUGCUUCCCACAUCAUUGUUGCAAACUGUGGAGAUUCUAGAGCAGUUCUUUGUCGUGGAAAGGAGCCUGUGGCAUUGUCUGUGGAUCAUAAACCCAAUAGAGAAGAUGAAUAUGAAAGGAUUGAGGCUGCUGGAGGAAAGGUCAUACAGUGGAAUGGGCACCGCGUUUUUGGUGUUCUUGCAAUGUCAAGAUCUAUUGGUGAUAGAUAUUUGAAACCGUGGAUCAUUCCGGAUCCAGAAGUGAUGUUCCUGCCUCGGGCGAAAGAUGACGAAUGCCUCAUUCUAGCUAGUGAUGGUUUGUGGGAUGUAAUGACGAAUGAAGAGGUAUGCGACCUGGCUCGGAGACGAAUCCUACUCUGGCACAAGAAGAACGGUGUCACUCCGCCAUCCGAAAGGGGGGCGGGAAUCGAUCCUGCAGCACAAGCAGCCGCUGAAUACCUCUCGAACCGAGCUCUCCAGAAGGGCAGCAAAGACAACAUCACAGUCAUUGUGAUCGAUUUGAAAGCUCAAAGGAAGUUCAAGACGAAAACAUGACGACGACGACAACUAUGACACGCCAUGCCACACAGUGUCAUUCUUCCUUUUUAGCUGUACCAUAUUCUUGUUAUGAUUUAUGAGACAAGGCACACGAUAUUAAUGUUGGCCCGACUAUUUUUAUCCGGGGCAUUAUGAUAUUAAUGAUAUGAAUGUGAAGGAAAUAUGCAGCAUUCCAGAAUCUCGACGGGGUCGGAGCCAUUUGUUUGUUAUAAGCUCCGGGUCCUGAUAGAGUUCUGGCAAUGUAAAUGGCUGCUGCAGCAAUGUGAUAGGAUAGGUGAAACAAACUGGGAGACAGUUCCAAUGCUUAUGCAGUAUUUGCUUUGUAUCAUUUCGUACUCUUAGUCUUGCUGCUUAUUAUAAAGAAUUAGCAGAAUUUGAGCUUA